UGUGUGCUUCGGUCACCACUUAACGAUAGCCAUGGCCACCGUCAGAGAGUAUACCGAUUCGUUUUCUUCAACUUAAUUUUUCACGUUUCACCCAAUUCUGCUCCUCGUGACUAUUCUCGGAACGGCGGGCAUUGACCAAAGUAUGCAGAUGUGUGGUUCUCCUAAAUUUUCUGGUGGCAUUCAUUGCUGCGUGGCAGCAGGCUGGCUGCGGAGUCUGAAGUAGCCGCCGCUCGCUCGCGCAGCUGAGGAAAACAGAAGCGGUCGGCCACAGAGCGCUCGAGACCCCAGCUCGCAGCCGCCCCAGCAUCUCCUCAGCACUGGCUCCACGUCAAAUAACACCAUUUAGACCUCCGGAGAUCGCUCCGUGUCGAGUGUAUUCGGAGGCUGCGUCCGCAUCAGCACUCGUCCAUGGUGAAACAACGAUAACGCCGACCAGCGCGAUCCCCCAAAACUGGGGUUUUAACCACCGCUCGUGCGACGACAGCUGUCACCGGAGAAAGGAAAGUGAUCCAUCAAAUGCGUGCGCGGAUGAGGCAGGUUUCCGCUGGAUUUAGCCCAUCCGACCGUCCGUCAAAUGGGCGAAGUUAGGACCAACGCCACGACAUUGGAUUACCGUAUUAUGCGAUAUGCAUUUUUGAGAACUGCGGUGUUCCUUCACUGGAGAGAGGCUAGCUAGCUCAGUUAGCCGGCUAGCUGGCUAAGUGAUCCAAAGUGUGACGUUCUCUACCCCCUCCAGUAUUUUGGACAUGAAGAAAAUAAUUCGCUACUCAUAGGGUCGGAAGAAUGUCAUCAGAGGAUAAGACUGUGGACCCCUCUGACCAAGGACCCUCACCGACGUCAAGCAGUGGAGGGGCCACAUCCACAGGAAGUCCUGCCCACGCAGACAAGCGCCCCCGUGGCAGGCCGCGCAAGGAUGCUGCUGCUGGCACUCUCCUGCCGUCACCACCCUUAUCCACAUCCAAGACCAGGAAGAAGGGUCGCACCAGAGGGAGGUUUGCUGCGGAUGAGGAGGACAGUAUGGAUGGGACGGAGAUAGCAGAGUCCAUAGGUCCUCAGGACACGGAGAUGGAGGCCCAGCUGGCGGAGACUGUGGAGCUGGUGACCAGCGAGGGGCCAGAGGAGGACAGGCCCUCGUCCCCCAUGGUGGCGAGCCCUGUGGCCGGCCAAUCAGCAGGACCAUCUGUCGCAGCCAGUGGAGAACUCAAAAGCAGCGAACGUCUCUGUGCCUUCUGUUGCUGUGGCGGCCGCAGCCUUCUGGGUCAGGGGGAUCUGCGAGGGUUCAGCGUGGCGCCCGAGCUCUGCGUUCCCCACCACCGCCGCAGAGACGGAGAAGGAGGAGGUGAAGUAGGCGGAGCAGCAGCUGAAGGAGGAGGAGGAGGAGGAGGAGGAGGAGGAGAAAGCUCCACGGGGGACGGCAGUGAACACGACAACAGUAUUCCGGCUCCCCAGGCCACCUCAGGACAGAGGGACAAGCUGAAUGGAUCCGAGAGGCACGACGAAGGAACAGACCUGGCCAGCCGCUUCUGGGACGAGCUGUCUCACGUCGGCUUCCCCCAAGACCCGGACGUCCGAUCUCUUUUUGCGUCGGGGCAGUGCUGGGCCCACCAGAGCUGCGGGUUGUGGUCGGAGGGGGUUUGCCAGGGCGAGGGACAAUCUCUGCAGAACGUGGACAGAGCCGUUGACUCAGGGAGCACAAAGCACUGUGCAUACUGUAAGCGCCUUGGAGCCUCCAUAAAGUGCUGUGCGGAAGGAUGUGCUCAACUCUACCAUUACCCCUGUGCCGGGGCGGCUGGGACCCAUCAGGACAUCAGGAGCCUGUCCCUACUCUGUCCAGACCACGUCCAGCUUGCCAUCCACAGAUUUGCGGACGAGGUGAACUGUGUGUUGUGCGACAGCCCCGGGGACCUCCAGGACCAGCUCUUCUGCACCAGCUGCGGCCUGCACUACCACGGGAUGUGUCUGGAUAUGGCCGUGACCCCGUUGAGGAGGGCAGGCUGGCAGUGCCCCGAAUGCAAAGUCUGCCAGACGUGCAAGAAUCCUGGGGAGGACACCAAGAUGCUGGUGUGUGACAUGUGUGACAAAGGCUACCACACCUUCUGCCUACAACCUGCCAUGGAUUCUCUUCCCACCAACGGCUGGAGAUGCAAGAACUGCAGGGUGUGUGUGCAGUGUGGAACGAGGACCAGCGGCCAGUGGCACCACACCAGCCUGCUGUGCGAGAACUGCGUGCAGCAUCAGGACCCCAACCUGUGCUGCCCGCUGUGCGCCUGCGUCCUGGACCCGGAGCACCACAAAGACCUGCUUUCAUGUCACCUCUGUAAAAGAUGGCUACACCUGGAGUGUGAGCGUCAGAACUCAGGCCAGGCAGGCGUCCCCCCCAGGGAGGACUACGUCUGCUCCAGCUGCAGGCCCCCCGCUGCAGACAUGGACGUCGGCCCGGAGCCCAGCCCGCAGCCCGCCUCAACGCACAUAAACCCUGAGAGCGGCCCGCAACCAGCCCACAAGCACACGGACCUCCCGUCGGACGCCGCGCCCUCGGCGGCGCCGCCUCCGCCGCCUCUGCCGCCGCCGCCGACGCCUCCGGACAUGCACAAUGACCCCGAACCGGAAUUACUCUCUGUCCCGUCGCACUCAGACCCAACGCCUGUCCAGGCCGCCGUCCAGGAGGAGAGGCCGCCGUCGGACGCCACGACGCCCGAUGCUGCAGCAGGUGCCAGCGUCAUCGGGGCGCAGGCCUCUGAGUCCCCCGUCCAGGAAAACCCCACGGAGGUCCAGACAGUGAAACAUCCAGCAGCGGCGUCCCCCAUGACCGAACCCUCGUCCACGGACAGCCCUGCCUCGCCACGGUCCACCAGCCCAAAGCCCCGGGCUCUCCCGGCCCAGCUGCCCCUGCAGGAGGUGCCUGCACAGGAGAGCUCACCACCCACCACCCCCACCAAGCCAGCAAACUCAGAACGCUCCCCCGAGGAGGGCGCCCUACAACCCAGCACAAAGGAUACCAAGGCCAUCACCUCGCCCACCAAAGAACAAAGUCCCCCGGUGUCUCCGGACGCCUCGGACGAACCCAUGGAGGUGUCCCCGUCGCAGCCUUCGGGCGGGGAGGGGGACCGGGGGGCCGCGGCCCCGGAGAGGACUCAAACGGACCCUCACCGAGAGAGCUCAGUGGGGACCUCGGGGUCGCCGGGCUCCAGCGCGGUGGAGGAGGAGGAGAUGGACACCACCCCGGAGAGCAUUCCCAACACGGGGCCGUCCUCGGAGGAGAAGGCUCUGGAGCCGCUGGGCGAGACGGCCUCGUCUCCCGCCCUCUCCUCUCCCCUGGCUCCGGGGACCUCGCCCAGAGAGCCCCCCCUGACCCAGGUCCUCCCUCCCCUGGGGGACCAUAGCAGUGUUCAACCCACCACCGCCACAACUACCCUCAUACCCUUCACCCCCAAGAUCGGCAUGGGGAAGCCAGCAAUCACCAAGAGAAAGUUCUCGCCCGGGAGACCCAGAGUGAAGCAGGGUGCAUGGAGCCCCCAUAGCAGUGUGAGCUCUGCCUCGCCCUGGUCUCCAGACCAGCCUGAGGGGUGGGACUUCCCAAAGACCAGGCAGCCUCCAGGCAGCCCCGGCUGGAGCAUCAGAGUGGGCCGCGGCUCGGGCUUCCCAGGCAGGAGGAGGCCCAGGGGGGCGGGGCUGUCGGGUAGAGGGGGGCGUGGUAGGGCCAGGGGCAAGAGCGGCGCUAGUCCCUCCAUCCACCCCGGGCUCACAGCAAUGGAGUCGCAGUACCCCGUCAAGGAGGAAGAGGAGAACGCCAUGCACAACACCGUCGUCAUUUUCUCGAGCAACGACAGUUUCACAUUAAAACAGGACAUGUGCGUUGUGUGUGGGAGCUUCGGGCUGGGCGCGGAGGGCCGCCUGCUGGCCUGUGCGCAGUGCGGCCAGUGUUACCAUCCCUUCUGCGUUGGCAUCAAGAUCACCAAGGUGGUGUUGAGCAAAGGCUGGCGCUGUCUGGAGUGCAGCGUGUGCGAGGCGUGCGGCCAGGCGACGGACCCCGGCCGCCUGUUGCUCUGUGACGACUGCGACAUCAGCUACCACACGUACUGCCUGGACCCCCCGCUGCAGAACGUGCCCAAGGACAGCUGGAAGUGCAAGUGGUGCGUGUCGUGCACCCAGUGUGGCGCCACGUCUCCCGGCCUGCGCUGUGAAUGGCAGAAUAAUUACACGCGGUGUGCCCCGUGCGCCAGCCUGACCGCGUGCCCCAUCUGCCUGCUGGACUACAGCGAGGGAGCCAUCAUAGUGCAGUGCCGCCAGUGCGACAGAUGGCUCCAUGCCUCUUGUCAGGGUCUCCACUCGGAGGAGGAUGUGGAGAAAGCCGCCGAUAGCAGUUUUGACUGCACAAUGUGCCGAGCUUUCAAGACCACAAAGGCAGUGGCAGGCAAGGCCAGAGACUGCAUUGAGCCGGCAGUUAUGACGCAGAUUGUGACAAAGGCAAAAGAACUGGACCUGGCGAGGACCUACACCCAGGACGGCGUGUGUCUGACGGAGUCGGGGCUGUGCCAGCUGCAGAGUCUGUCGGCCGCUGCGUCCCGCCGCCGGAAGCCCAAGCCCAAGCUCAAGCUGAAGAUCAUCAACCAGAACAGCGUGGCGGUGCUGCAGACCCCCGUGGACCCCCUGUCGGAGCUCUCCCGUGACGAAGACAUAGAAGACACCCGAGAGGCGGAGCUCCUCGACUGCGAGGCCAAGUCUGACUCCAGCCUGGAGCGCGAGCCCAUGGAGGAGGACUCCAAGGGGGCGGACAGCAGCAAGAAGAGGAAGAGGAAGCCGUACCGGCCGGGCAUCGGGGGCUUCAUGGUGCGUCAGAGGAGCCGACCGGGACAGGGCCCGGGCAAGACCAAGCGCUCGCUGUGCCGGAAGGACUCCUCCGGCUCUGUGUCGGAGCUCCAGCCUGUGAAGGAUGAGGCGGGCUGGACGGAGGCCCUGCCGGACACGCCUGUGGACGAGACCCCUCCAGGCCCAGAGGUCCCGGAGAAGAUCAAGAAGCGCUACCGGAAGAAGAAGACCAAGCUGGAGGAGGCCUUCCCCGCAUACCUGCAGGAGGCCUUCUUUGGCAAGGACCUGCUGGACAAGAGCAAGCAGAGCAGGCAGCAGGCCGCGGGCCCCACGGGCCUGCUGGAGGACGGGCAGGGCCAGGCCGACGGCAAGCCCCCCCGCAGGGCCAACAGCAGCAGCUUCCUGGACCCCUCGUCCGACCCCCUGCUGAGUGCCUCGGCAGCACCCCUGACCUCCAGGCCGCCGGGAGCACAGACCCGUGAGGAACCCUUAGUUGAUCUGUGUGAGGUGUUGAACACCGACGCAGACAUCUUGGGGAUGCUGGGGAGGCCAAGCAUUGACUCGGGUCUUGAUUUUUGCCCCUUCCAGGUGGAAGGCUCCCCUCCUCCUUUUGCUGGUCUGGACAUCAGGCCCUUGUCCAACAGCAGCCCGGUGGCCCCCCACAUCCACUCUGGCCGCCGUACGCCUCGAGCCCUCCAAGACGAGCCCCUGGACGGCAUCCUGAGUCCGGAGCUGGACAAGAUGGAUGAGUCGAUUCUCAGCAAACUGUACAAAAUUCCAGAGCUGGAGGGGAAGGAUGUAGAGGACCUCUUCACUGCAGUCCUCAGCCCCACCAGCAGCCAACCAACACCACAGAUGCCUCACCCCCCGGGCCAUGGGCCCCUCCCCGCCACGCCAGGCCCCAGUGCACCUCACCCCAACGCAGGGAAUCCCAUGUUUGUACGAAUGCCCAUGAUGAAUGGUAUGAUGGGACCAAGCCAAAGGUUUCCUACAAAUCCAGGAGGCCCCUGCAUUCCCGACAACUUCUCCCCCCUCCACCGUAUGCCUUUCACUGACAAUCCAAGAGAUAGAAAGUUCAAUCAGAUGCCUCGAGAGGCGGGUCCAUGGGGCUCUCCAGCCCAGAGCCAGGGCCCCACUCCGCCAGGAUCCCUUCACGAGGGGGAGUCUGAAGCCAUGUCCAAUGCCCAAAGGAGCACACUGAAGUGGGAGAAGGAGGAGACCCUUGGGGAGCUGGCCACAGUGGCACCCGUUCUCUAUACCAAUGUCAAUUUCCCCAAUCUCAAGGAAGAGUUCCCAGACUGGUCGACAAGAGUCAAGCAAAUAGCAAAACUGUGGAGGAAAGCUAGUUCGCAGGACAGGGCUCCCUAUGUGCAAAAGGCGAGAGACAACCGAGCAGCCCUGCGCAUCAACAAGGUGCAGAUGUCCAAUGACACGGUGAAGAGGCACCCGCCACAGCCGCAGCCCCCCGAGGUGUUUGACCCCAACUUACCACUAGACACAGAACUGCUCUUUAAAGACCCUUUGAAACCCAAAGAGUCAGAGCAUGAGCAAGAGUGGAAGUUUAGACAGCAAAUGAGGCAGAAGAGCAAACAGCAAGCCAAGAUCGAAGCCACCCAGAAACUGGAGCAAGUGAAGAACGAGCAGCUCCAGCAGCAGCAACAGCAGCAGUCGGGCAGCCAGUCCGAGGGCGACGGCAACAACAGCGGCAACCAGAGCCCUGCCUCGCAGCCCAGCAACGGCAGCAUGUCCCCCAUGCAGCCGCUGAACUCUAAAGAUGGAUUUGCCCGGCCCCAGCUCCCGGGGACCCCAACCUCGGGGACCCCCGAGGACGUCUUCCUGCGGCCCCCACCACCGCCUCCGUCAGGGCCGUCCUCGCAGCCCCAGUCACCGCAGGUGUUCUCGCCGGGCUCCUCCGGCUCCAGACCCUCCUCCCCCUGGGACCCGUACGCCAAGAUGGUGGGUACGCCCAGGCCGCCCAACCUGGGGACCAACGCCUGCCGCCGGAUCCCCAUGGAGUCCGGGAAGUCGCCGACCUCUCACAUGGAGCCGCAGGACCGAGGGAGACCCUCCCCCGCUCACGAGGCCUUUGGCUCGCCCACGUCUGUGAACCAUGACCCCUACGCCAAGCCCCCGGACACCCCCAGGCCAGCGGGGGACAUGGACCCGUUCCUGAAGCCCAUGGGACCUCCCAGGCCCAGCCAGAUGGCCCAGGGGAGACCGCCCAUGGGCUCUCCAGGUAGAGAUCCUUACUCCAGGCCCAUGAUCCGGAACGAGGCCUAUCAGCGCAUGGCCCAAAACAGAAUGAUCCUGUCCGACCCUUACUCGCGGCCCCUGCUUGCGCCCAUGCCCGGCAGCAACGAAUCCGGCUCAGGCGGGCUGUUCAAAGCCCCCAUGCCUCCCCCUCAGGCUCAGGACCCCUUUAACCGACCAGGCCUACACCCCGCGGACAGAUUUGCUCCGAGUCAGCAGAACGAUCCCUAUGCCCAGCCUCCGCACACCCCCAGACCUUCUGGCGGGGAUCAGUCCUUCACCAGCCCUCCUAGAAUGGGCCAGCACCACAUGCAGGGCCAUCCGUUUGCGCAGCCCGGUCCAAUGGCGCACAUGUCCCGAAACCCUUACGCCCACGCACCUUCGACGCCCCGGCCCGACCACUACACGUACGACCCCUUCGCUCAGUCGCCCGGUCCCAACAAACCAGCCGGGGACCCUUACUCGCAACCCCCGGGCACGCCUCGACCCAGCAUGGACGGAAACGGCCAGUCUCGGCCCUUCUUUGAAGGGUUCGCACGGCCGCCUGGCACGCCGCGCCCGCACGACAACUACGGCCAGUCGGGCACCAUGGCCAGCCCGUCCUCUGACCCGUACUCUCCGGUCACCUCCCGCUCGGCCGGGAUGAACCAGUUCGUCCAUCAGUCUCACCCGUCGCAGAAGAUGUCUCCUUCUCACGCCAUGGACCCCUAUGCCCAGGCCCCGAGCACUCCGCGACCCAGCAUGGGCGAGAGGUUCCCCAAAUCCCCCGGUGGCCAGAGAUUGCCCAUGGACAUGUACCCUACCAACCCCGGACAGCAAAGGCCAGGGGGCGGCGAAAUGUUUCCCCAACCCGGGGUGCAGAGGACUAUGAUGAACGACAUCUACGCCCAACCGCCCGGGACCCCGCGCUCCCUCCUGGGUCCCGAUGGGAUGAACCGGCCGCGGCAGGGGCCGAUGGGAAACCACCAGGACCCCUUCUCCCCACCUCAAGGCAGGAUGCAGGAGUCCUUCCAGCAUCCGGGCUCCCAAACACCAAAACAUCCCAGCCUUCAAGAAGACUGCUUUUCCCAGGCGCCGUCGCAAAGACCCAAUCAGACCCCUGUCCACGACCCAUUCCAACAGGGCCCAAUGACUCCUAGACCGCUGCCGACAGAGAGAAUGGAGAUGAAGGAUCAGGCUGGAAACGGUGGACCCGGAGCCCAGGAGGCGGGCCACAUGCACCCCCAUCUGCAGAUGCAAGGCUCUGAGGUUCAGAGUGUUCCUCUGGCUGACAGCGAGGAACGGCUUAGACAGCGGCAGCGUAUUCGAGAACUGCUGCUCAAACAGCAGCAGCAGAGGAGUAUCAUUCGGCAAGAGCGCGGCCCCCACGACUCCACCGGUGGCAUGCCCCCCGGAGCGCCGCGACCGUGGCCACAGGAGGGUCUCGGGCAGCCGGGCGAGAUGUUCAACAGACCCCCUCCACCCUAUCCAGGACAGGGGCCGAUGAGAGGACCGAUGAGAUACCCAGGGCCUUUCCCAGGAGAUCACCGUGGCCCUUUCCCCAAUGAGGGCCAGAUGGCCAGGGGCAUGCAUCCCGGGGAUCCUAAUAUGAGACACCAAGGGCCAAGGUUUGCAUUUCCACAAGGUGGGCCUGGGUCACACGGAGGUCAAGAAUUCUUCCCCAGAGGUCCUCAUCAAAUGCAGGACAUCCCACCUCAGAUGAGAAGAUCCAUGUCGGGGGACAUGGCCAAGGCCAUGGGCGGUCCUAUGGGCAUGCCCCAGCACUUUCCUCCUCGCGGGAUGCCGGUGCAGCAGCACAACAUAAUGGGCCAGCCUUUCAUUGAGCUGCGCCACAGAGCUGCAGAGAGCCGCCUCCGCAUGCCACCCUUUGCCCCCGGUGCCAUGCCAGGGGGCAACAUGGACCUAAACAUGCAGGUGCAGCGGCCAACCGGCUUCCCUGGGGGCCCAGAGUUCAGGUUCCCCUCCAACCUCCAGGGUCCCAGGAUGAUGGAUCCCAUGGGCGGUCAGGGGGGCCAUGUCCAGCUGUCCUCCAGCAUGGAGAAUCUGAACCACCAGCAACACAUGCAAGGGAACAACAUGCCCAGGCAGGCCACGUUGAUGAGGUCAAUGAGCCAGCCGGCUUCCAAUGACUCCCACAAUAUGACGGCAGCAAUGAUGAUGGUUUCGCCCCCUCCUGGCCACAACGAAAGUGUUACUCCCAGUGACGCUGCAGAGGAGAAACUAGACUCGGAGGAAUCGGCCGUUAAGGACUUUGAGGACGUGGAGGUGAAAGACCUGGUCGAUGCCGAUCUGGAGAAUCUCAAUUUAGAUCCGGAAGACGGCAAAGACCUAGACUUGGAGACCAACGACCUCCACCUCGAGGACUUGUUCAGCUCUGGCAAAUUUGACAUCAUCGCCUACACGGACCCGGAUCUCGACGACAUCAAAAAGGACAUGUUCAACGAGGAGCUGGAUCUCAGUGACCCCAUGGAGGACAACAUGGACACCGGCGAUGUCCAGAGGUCUUCUUCUGAGACGAAGAACAACAACAGCAGCAGCAGUGGUGCAGAGACAUCGUCGACUUCAACAUCGGUCACCACAAAGUCUGAGCCCUCCUCGGGGCUGAUGCGAUCUGACGUGAAACAGGAGGCUGAAGGGAAUCUGGGCUCCACCUCUUUGGCCGUCGCUCAUGAAAUCAAAACGGAGGGGAAGGACGGGCAGAAGUCCGCGGAGACCAACGACCAGCAAACCAACGGCGAAGCAAUGACUCCCAACCAGCAGGGGGUGCUGUCCGACUCCACCCCGGUGUUGUCCAGUCUGCUCAUAAAGCAGCAGCCCACAGAGCAGUCGUUAAACCAAAUGGCCGACUCCGUCAACCAUGGGGGCAACCUCAUGCCCCAGGCCAACCAAGUCACCGACGCCAAUCAGCACAGCGCCGGCCUCGACAUGGGCCAAACGCUGUCCGACGCCACGGCGGCCGAAGCCUCCAUGGCCGGGUUCGGGAACGACCCUCAGACGGGCAUGGGUCCGGGGCUGGAGCAGAGCACCCUGAGCCAGGCUCAGCAGGUCAUGCUGAACCAGGCCCUGGCCCAGCAGUCGGGCCAGCAGUCGAGACCCCUGCUGCUUGAAGAGCAGCCCCUCCUCCUGCAGGACCUUCUGGACCAGGAGAGGCAGGAGCAACAGCAGCAGAGGCAGAUGCAGGCCAUGAUACGACAGCGCUCCAGUGACUCCUUCUUCCCCAACAUUGGCUCAACCGUCGACGUCUUUGCUGAUUUCGAUGCCAUCACAGACCCCAUCAUGAAGGCUAAAAUGGUGGCCCUGAAAGGCAUCAACAAAGUCAUGGUUCAGAACAACAUGGGAAUGAGUCCAAUCGUCAUGAACAGGUUUCCCCCUGGAGCGGUACCACACUGUCCCGAAGCCGCCCCCAUCCCACCACAGGUGGUCGGACAGGAUGGAAAACUGACCCAGGUAGCCAGGCCGAACCCUCCAAACUUCGGACCGGGCUUCGUCAACACAGCUCAGAGGGCCCAGUACGAGGAGUGGCUGCAGGAGACCCAGCAGCUGCUCCAGAUGCAGCAGAAGUUCCUGGAGGAGAAGAUAGGAGCGCACCGGAAGUCCAAGAAGGCGCUGUCGGCCAAGCAGAGGACCGCGAAGAAGGCAGGCCGGGACUUUCCGGAGGAGGACGCAGAGCAGCUGAAACAUGUCACAGAGCAACAAGGGGUGGUGCAGAAACAACUGGAGCAGAUCCGCAAGCAGCAGAAGGAGCACGCCGAGCUCAUCGAGGAGUACCGGGUCAAACAGCAGCAGAACAACAUGCCCCCGACCAUGGGGCCGGGCCCGCCGGGGCCCAUGCAGGGCCCGGCCGGCAUGGUGCCCGGUGGGCCGCCCAUGGUCCCGCCCACCAUGAACCCCAUGAUGCCCAUGCAGCUCCACCCGGGCCAGCCCAACGCCCCUCCCCGCAUGCCCGGGGGACCGCCCCCCGGCUGGCACCCCGGGGCCCCCAUGGCCGGGCCCGGUAUGCCGCCCAUGAUGCCUCCCCAGGUGCCCAUGGGCAACCAAGGCCAGCCUCAUCCCAUGCCGAUGGUCAACAUGCCGCAGCGGCCUCCUCAGAUGCCCCAGCAGAUGCCCCAGCAGAUGCCCCAGCAGAUGCCUCCUCAGAUGCCCCAACAGAUGCCCCAACAGAUGCCCCAGCAGAUGCCGCAACAGAUGCCCCAGCAGAUGCCCCAGCAGAUGCCCCAGCAGAUGCCGCAGCAGAUGCCCCAGCAGAUGCCGCAGCAGAUGCCCCAGCAGAUGCCGCAGCAGAUGCCCCAGCAGAUGCCCCAGCAGAUGCCCCAGCAGAUGCCCCAGCAGAUGCCCCAGGAAGCCCAACCCCCACCAUCCCCGCAGGCGAAGCCAGCUCCUUCCAGCGGGCUCAAGUUUGACGACAACAAUCCGUUCAGCGAGGGCUUCCAGGAGCGGGAGAGGAGGGAGCGCCUCCGGGAGCAGCAGGAGCGCCAGCGGGUGCAGCUCAUGCAGGAGGUGGAGCGGCAGAGAGCCCUGAAGCAGCGCAUGGAGAUGGAGCAGCAAGGCAUGAUGGGACCAGAGGGCAACAUGGCACCGCUCUCGCAGAUGCCCUUCUUCAACGCGGAGCUGCCGCAGGACUUCAUGCAGGCGCAGAGGCCCCCGCACCCGCAGCAAAUGGGCCCCAUGUUCCCCCAGCAGCAGCCCAUGCAGCCCGGCAUGGGCUCCCCGCCGGGGGGCUUCAUGCAGGGCGAUAGGCGGGGCAUGUUGACUAACGGCUUGAUGCCACAGGACCACAUGGGACCCGGCUUCGGGCCCGACAACAUGGGGGGGAACUUCCACCAGGGUCCGCCCCGACCGCGCCGCUUCAGCGGCCCCGGGAUGAUGCCCCAGAUGCAAGGCGAGGGUCCCCCGUUCGGCGGCGACAUGUCCACGCCCCUGCCCUCCAACUACCCCGGCUCGGGCCAGUCUUUGAUCCAGCUCUACUCCAACAUCAUCCCCGACGAAAAGGGCAAGAAGAAGAGGAACCGCAAGAAGAAGAAGGACGAGGACGCCGACUCGGUGAAGACGCCCUCCACGCCGCACUCGGACCUCACGGCCCCGCUCACCCCCUGCGUCUCGGACACCUCCUCCACGCCAACCAGGAGCACCCACCCGUUCGGGGACCAGGACCUCUCCAGGUCGCCCAUGAUGGGCUCGGCCACGCCCAGCCACUCGGAGCUAGAGAGGCAGCUCUCCGGGGGCGCGGCGGGCCAGCAGGCGCUCCACGCCGAGGCGGCCCGGGCCCAGGCCCAGGCCCAGGCCCAGGCCCAGGCCCAGGCCCAGGCCCAGGCCCAGGAGCAGGAGAGGAUCCUAAGCAACAUCAAGCUGGAGCAGACGGAGGCCAGCGAGUGGCACGGCCAGCCGGGCUCCGGGAUGGGCUCGGUGAAGGAGGAGGGGAGCAAAGGCGGGGUGUCGCCCUUCGCCGCCGCGCUGAGCCCCGCCAACAACAAGGGCGAGGCGGGCAACGAGCUGCUGAAGCACCUCCUGAAGAACAAGAACACGCCACCGCCGCCGCCGGGCCUGCCCCACCAGCGCUCCGAGGAGAGCCUGCGCUCGGAGGAGGAAGAGCCCGCAGACUGCAAGGCUCUGUUGCUCAGGCAGAGCUCCAUAGACAGCAACGGGGCGUACUCCGAUGGCCUCCCCGACUUCCCUGGACCCCUGCACACGGAGCAGGAGAAGAAGAAGGAGAAGAAGAAGAGGACGCCGAAGAGCGGGGAGAAGCUGCCGGCGUCGCGCUACAAGAAGAGGAAGAAGGAGGGGGAGGACAGGCAGCUGACACACUCUGGCACCGACAACGUCAUGACACAGAUCAAACAGCAGCUGUCCAUGCUGCCCCUGAUGGAGCCUCUGAUCGGGGUCAACCUGGCCCACUUCGCCCCCUACGGCAGCAGCCAGCUGAACGGGGAGAGCCUGCUCUCGGGUGCCUUCGGCAGCGCCUCGCUGGACGGCGUCUCCGACUACUACUCCCAGCUGGCCUACAAGCAGAGCAACCUGAGCAACCCGCCCACGCCCCCGGCGUCCCUCCCUCCGACCCCGCCUCCAGUCAACCGCCAGAAGAUGAUCAAUGGCUUCGCCACCACAGAGGAGCUGGCCAGCAAGGCCGCUGCCAUGGUGUCUAAAGGACUAGUCCCCAAGCCCCUCCACGUCCAGUUCAGAGCGGAGGAGGACCUGCUGGCCCGGGCCAUCGCCCAGGGCCCCAAGACCGUGGACGUGCCCGCCUCCCUGCCUACCCCCCCUCACAACAACCAGGAGGAGCUCAGCAACCGGGGGCAGGAGCCCGGCAAAGACAGAGACACACCGGACAGCUUCGUGCCGUCGUCGUCACCAGAGAGUGUAGCAGGCGCCGAGAUCAGCCGCUACCCUGACCUGACCCGCGUUAAAGAGGAGCCCCGAUCGCCCUGCCUGUCCCCCAUCCUCUCCAUGCUCCCCCCUCCCCAUGGGAAAGGCACAGAGAUCAAGCUGAGAGACAUCAAGACGGAGCCUUCCGGAGUGUUCUUUGGCGCCCCCUACGGGGCCUUGGGGAACGACUCCAAACAGGGCCUGGUGUCGGUGGCCAUCACUCUGCGGCCGGCAGCUGCAGAGAACAUCACGGGCGUCGUGGCGGCCAUCUCGGACCUGCUGUGCGUCAAGAUCCCCAGCAGCUACCAGGUCAGCAGCACGCCGGAGCGCGGGCCCCUGGCCAUGCUCAGCGGCCUGCGGGUGGGCCCCCACGGAGGCCUCGACACCCGGCCGCCCCCCGUCGCCUUCCAGGCGCGCAUGGACGCCGCCGCGGUCCACCAGCGGCCCCUGGGCCAGAUGAUGAUGAGGCCCAACGGGACGUCACAGGGCGUGAUGCAGCAGAGCCAGCAGCAGCAGCAGCAGCAGCAGCGCUUCCAGCACCACAGCCCGGGCUCGGCUGCAGUCAGAGGAGCAGACAAGAAGAUCCCCGGCAGCCCUGGCUCCAAACCCCAGUGGUGCUGCCACUGCAAGGUGGUGGUGCUGGGAAACGGAGUUCAGAAGUCCCUCAAAGACCUCCCUAACCACAAACGGGAGUCUGACGGAGAGAUGAAAUCGGAAGGAAACUUGGUCUUCUGUAGUCACAGCUGCUUCCUCCUCUUCUCCUCCUCAUCCUCCCAGCCAAGGUCAACCCCUGAAACUAAGGACACGGUAGAGCUCCUGCCGGACACGGAGGAGAAAGAGAGCCUGUCCAAGACCCAGCACCAGUACAGCAACAACAUGUCCACGCUGGACGUCCACUGCCUCGCCCAGCUGCAGCCCAAACAGUCGCCUCCCUCCAGCCCUCCGCCGCCGCCCCUCCCCUUCCUCGGCGCGGGACUCACCCCCAAGACGGAGGCCAAGUCGGACACCAUCAAGGUGACGGUGAAGCUGAAGGCGCGGCCGCGGGCCCACCACCACCACCACGAGGGCGGCUGGCACCAGGGCAAGCGGCAGAAGGGCCUGCGCUGGAGGAAGUGGACCCUGCAGGUGCUGGUGCCCCGGGGCUCGGCGCUGCCCGACGAGGACAAGAUCGACGAGCUGCUGAAGAGACUGGGCGCGUCGCUGCGGCCACCCGCCGCCCUGCGGGACUCCCGCCGCUGCUGCUUCUGCCACCAGCCGGGCGACGGCGCCACGGACGGGCCGGGGCGGCUGCUCAACCUGGACGCCGACGCCUGGGUGCACCUCAACUGCGCGCUGUGGUCGAGCGAGGUGUACGAGACGCAGGCGGGCGCGCUCAUGAACGUGGAGCCGGCGCUGCGGCGGGGCCAGGCGUCGCGCUGCGCCUUCUGCCAGCGCACGGGCGCCACCGGCGGCUGCCACCGGCUGCGCUGCGCCAACGUCUACCACUUCCCCUGCGCGCUGCAGGCCCACUGCACCUUCUACAAGGACAAGACCAUGCUGUGCCACGCCCACCGGCCGCGCGGCGCCGCCGCCGCCGGGGGCCACGCCGCGGAGCACGAGCUGCGCUGCUUCGCCGUGUUCCGCCGCGUGUACGUGCAGCGGGACGAGGCGCGGCAGAUCGCCUCGGCGGUGCGGCGGCCCGAGUUGGGCUACACCUUCCGCGUGGGCAGCCUGGUGCUGCACGCCAUGGGCCAGCUGACGCCGUCGCAGAUGGCCUCCUUCCACUCACCCACCGCCAUCUUCCCCGCCGGCUACGAGGCCUGCCGCAUCUACUGGAGCAUGCGCCACGGCAACCGGCGCUGCCGCUACGUGUGCUCGGUGGAGGAGCGCGAGGACCUGCCCGAGUUCUCCAUCCGCGUGGUGGAGCAGGGCCACGAGGACCUGGUCCUGACCGACGCCAGCCCCAAAGGGGUAUGGGAUAAGGUCCUGGGCCCAGUCGCCGAGCGCAGGACCGAGUCCGACACCCUCAAACUCUUCCCCGUCUACCUGAAAGGAGAGGACCUGUUUGGGCUCACCAUCUCCGCCGUCACCAAAAUCGCCGAAUCGCUGCCAGGAGUGGAAGUCUGUGAGAGGUACUCGUUCCGCUAUGGCCGAAACCCUCUGAUGGAGCUGCCGCUCAAGUUCAACCCCGCUGGCAGCGCCCGGGCCCAGCCUCGGGCCAACAAGCCCAUCACCACCCUGGUCAUCAGGCCCCAGCCACAGGCAGUGCCCGCGAGUAGCGCCCGCUCCAACCAGAACGUGGCCCAGGGAGAAGGUGGCGCCCCCCACAGCAAGCCUCCGGUAGUGCACCCUCGCUCCUCCCAGUACCGCUGGAUGAAGAACGAGUGGAGGGCCAACGUCUACCUCGGCCGCUCCCGCGUCCAGGGUCUGGGGCUGUUUGCCGCCAAGGACAUCGAGAAGCAGACCAUGAUGAUCGAGUACAACGGGACCGUGCUCCGCAACGAGGUGGCCAUCAGCAAGGAGAAGAUCUACCGGUCUCAGAAUCGAGGAGUGUUCAUGUUCCGCAUCGACAGCGAGCAUGUGGUGGACGCCACCCGGAGCGGAGGUCUGGCCAGAUACAUCAACCACUCUUGCGCUCCCAACUGCGUGGCCGAGGUGGUGACCUUCGAACGAGGCUACAAAAUCAUCAUCAGCUGUAACCGGAGGAUAGAGAAAGGGGAGGAGCUGUGCUUUGACUACCAGUUUGACGCUGCCGAGGGCCAGCCCCAGAUCGCCUGCCUGUGUGGCGCCAGCGAGUGCAGGAAGUGGAUCAACUGAAGUUGGGAGAUUGUGUUACAAAGGCGGCGGCGAAGGAGGGCGCGCUCCUUUUUGCCCCGCGCGCCCGCGUGCGUCCUAAAAACCCUCACUAAGAAAAUAGCAUCUCACCGUCUCACUAUCUCACUAACGGCAUUAGUACGACCUUUUAGUAUUUUUCUUUUGGUUUCAUCUCCAAGUGAGCGGAAAGGCCUGAGGCGUUGUUUCAGGAGUGGCGUCCCGCGUCGGCCAAUGAGGAAAGGAGGCUUGUUAGGAAUGAGAAACAGGAGGAAGUAGCAAGACGCGACUAGUGCCAUGUCUAUCUGUAGAUAUAUACAUCUAUAUGUAUAUCUUUAUGUAUAUCUAUACAUAGAUAUGGGAGGCACUGUGGUGUCGGAGGUCCUCCGUCUGUCUCUGUAUCCAUGUGUUUUGUUUUGGUAUACAUAAGGCGCGAAAUCCACCAGCCAAUGAGAGCACUGUGCGGGGGUGCGGCCUUAUUGCUUCUCACUAUAAGGGCGGGCCCUUUUUUGUUUCAUACUGUUAAUGUAUACCCUGACUAAAUGUAGACAUCACUGAAUGAGGAAUGUACAGCAACGAAUACCACGAAGGGAAUAUUAACUUGCACUAAAAAGACAAAAAACCACACACAAAACAACAACAAAAAAACUUUAAAAAAACGAAAAACAACAACAACACACAAAGAACUUUGAAGAUACUUGAUUCCAUGAGUCAGUUUUAUCCUAGGUUUCUGUCGUGAUCUGUGUGGAUUUAGAGAGAGGACGUUUUGUAUUUAUUAGAGUGAAUGAAUUUUAUUCAUGAGAUGAGUUAAAGAAGGCUAGACCGCUUAUUGUUUUGAAGAUUGAAGACAUGCUGUUACUUUUGUAAAAAGAAAAAGAAAAAAAAAGAAAUGUACAUAAAGAAAACUAUAGGAAUAACCGACCAAAUACUACCUUAACCUUCUCGAUGUUUGGGUGUUUUUAAAUUGUUUUUGUUUGUUGUUGAAAUUUAUUUAAGAUGGACAUUUUGAUUUCAGUUUGAGAGUAUAUAUUAUGAAUAUUCUGUACAGAAUUUGUAAAAUAACCACAAUUCACAAAGUAUUUUUGUUGUAUUAAAAGUAAGGUAUUGUAGCGUAGUGUUUUGUGACUUACACGUACUUUGACCACUCGAAAAGAAAUAUUUUUGUUGAAUAAUGUGGUAAUGAAUUAUGGAUUACAGAAUCAAGUGAACUCUUCGAUUUAGUAAGAGAUCCUUCUGAUCUGUUUGCUGUUAUUCAGGUUUGAUUUAAGGAAGAAAAAAAACUGUGAAUUAGGUUUUAACUACCCAAAAACAACUUUUAACUUUUUAACACGAAUACAGUAGGCAUAGGAACACAAUUGUGUUUUUCACCUGAUUUUGUUUGUUUCUACAUUCGGGGAGAAGAAUGAGGUGAAUCGUCUAAUGUCGCGAGUUAGACAAGAUUUUAACAGUUUAAUGUUGAACAGUGAAUAAACCCAGGGGGGGAGAUGCUAUUUGGAAGGGAAGGUGGUGCUACCUUUUUCAGAGAUGGCAUUCCCCUUAAUCAGAAAUGCUUCUUAUACUUCACAAGUCACCUGUCGCUUAGAAAUGGAAGUUUUUGCGUGCACAAUUUCAAGUCGACUGUAAAAUUUUGGAGACAGUCUUAGAACUUGUAAUGUAUAUGGCAUGUAUUUUUUUAACUUUCUCAAGACUCAAUUGUAUAUAUUUUCUCAAUGAAUGGUUGUAACAAAAUUGUUCCCUGGAUAUUUUUCUUCUCUUGUAUAUUACAUCAUCCUGCCUGUCUGUGCUACAUUUUUCUUGGUCCUGUAAAGUAGUCUGAAUUUUUUUUCUUUUUGAAAAAUGCCUUUUGAAGUGUACAGAGUAAUAUGAGGUUUGGAGUUUGUGGAAUUUAGAAACAUUUACAAAAAUAAAACUAUUUUACAUCCUAUUAUGUCAUAUUACGAAUGUAAGU